GUGCUGAUUUUGAGCUUGCCGACUCCACAGAAGCCUACAUACUCCGACGACGGAGUGUAUCUGCCCGAAGGCGUUGACUCGUUCGCAACGAUCAUCCUCCGUUACGUUGCGGUCCCAGCCGCCGAUGACGACACCGAAAACAGACAGACCACCGACGUCGUUGCCAGCUCGAAGUCUAGCUUGAAGAUUUCACAGACGAGACCGCGGCUACGCUAUAGCCAACAGGCAUUCUUCGUCGUCUCCUGUCGUCCUCAUGGCCCCCGCGGUAGGGAGUGCCGACGUGGGUCUCGUCGUAAGGGCUUUUCCGAGGGCGAUGUCGCACACCGCUCGUCGUAAUUCCGAUAAGUGACAGUCCCACUGUCUGUGGUUUCUUGCCGAGUUCUUCAAAAUGGCAAUUUCCAGUUCCUCACAUAGCACCGUUGUGUCGCCGAACAGAUCGGAGUCAAAAGGGCAUUCCACCUCCACAAGGGUGGUCUCGUACUCGGGCCCGUCGAAGACAACGUGCCGUCGGCGUGAUUCGAUAUCCGCCGGUGGCGCCGACGAAUGCCGAGCAUCGCGGGCACACCCGACGCAGCUCGUCUGCGGAGACGUACCGGGUCCCGCUACGGGGCAGGGCCGCGAAGCCGGCCGCGGCUGUGCGGUGAUCAUGGCGGCGCGGAAGAUCGGGCGUCAUACUUCGCCGGUGGAGUACCCGGACACCCUUCGACGUAUACCCGUCGCGACUCGACCUUUGAGGGAGGCGGGAUCUCAAAACCUCCUGGCGAGCGCGACGGGGUUCGAACGGCGGCGGAUGGGUAACUGCGACGUCGCGGUCGACGAAGCGACCCGUCCUCUGCACACCGUCCCCUUCGCCCUCCUACGCCCCUUCGUCGGUCUCCCGAGGAUGGUGGCGAUGGCCCCGCCAGGGUGCGUGCUCACGAGCGAGUCGUACCUGUCAAUGAUCGACGCCUUUCUCGUCGAUUGCUCCCGUGCCCUCUCCCCGCAGCACAUCAAGGAAAUUGGGUUCCGCUGA